AUGCAAUUUUACCAAUCGAACUACUCAUUUCCACAGCAAAGCACGCCUUCAGCAUCCGGGAUGGGAUCAAUGGAUACGGGAUUUAAUAACGUAAGUGGGUCGAUGGGGAGUGGCGAGUUAACACCGGGCUUACUUGCUGCAUUUGGAACACUGGGGUAUCCAGGUGAACCACCAUUACUAGAAGAAUUGGGGAUAAAUUUUCUGCAUAUUAAGUCAAAGACACUCGUUGUAUUGAACCCGUUAAAUAAGGAUAUUCCCAGUGAUAUAAUGAGCGACUCGGAUCUUGCAGGACCCAUAUUGUUUGUAUUGUUGUUUGGAACAUUAUUGCUCCUAGCCGGGAAAAUACAAUUUGGAUAUAUAUAUGGAGUCGGCGUGUUUGGAAUUGUGGGCUUACAUUAUCUAUUUAAAUUUAUGAGCAAUGACACAAGUAUCGAUUUGACUCGCUCCGCUUCUGUUAUUGGUUACUGCCUAUUACCUUUGGUUUUGAUUAGUGUCUUGGGUGUGUUUACUUCCUUGGACAAUUUAGUGGGCUAUAGCUUAAGCGCAUUUGCCGUUUUAUGGUGCACGUAUUCUGCCAGCGGAUUUUUCGUUUCAGUGUUGAAGCUACACAAUGUUAGACCGCUAAUUGCUUAUCCCUUGUGCAUGUUCUACACUGUUUUUGCCUUGAUGGCUAUUUUCGUGGAGAAGACAGAAGCAGAAAAAUGA